AUGGCUUACACUCUUGUGCCGAACUGCACCGUCGAUGACGCCGCGGGUCUAUCCCGCAACAACAUGUCUGCAUUUUGGCAAGAGACAUGGUGGAACAUGCUUUGGGUCAAUCGGACGCUUGACGACAUCGUCAAAUCGUGCACUUUGAGGAUGCCUCAGAAUCUCUUGACCGAGCGCAAUAUAAGGCGCCAUCAAAAGGUCGUCAACACGGCUACAGGCGAAAUUGCGGGCUACGCUCGAUGGAUCAUGCCGGCCCCAUACGAGACAAGCUGGCUCGAGGCGCAGACCCCAGACGUCAGUGAGGAGGACCAGAAGCUGUUUCAACAGCGCUUCUCCAGCGCCGAAUGGUCAACACGUGAUGACCUGGACGCUCUCGACGAAGAGAUGUACAAGAACAUGCGGGAGAAUGAGCCGGUAGGCCCUUAUAUCAAACUGGACUACGUUGGCGUUGGUCCAAAUCACCAGCACAGAGGCAUAGGGAGCAUGCUUGUCAAAUCGGGUAUACAAGCAGCCAACGAGCUUGGGUUAGACAUCUACCUUGUGGCAAUGGGGAAGAAGGCACUUGACAUGUAUCUGAAGCUGGGGUUCAGUCUUUUGGCACAAGACUGCCAAGACCUCCGACCAUAUGGCGCAGACGGCAUUUACGACACGUACAUCCUCGUAAAGCAUCCAGCUGGCCAAUGA